AUGGACGAGCUAGAUGGUUUGGACCCUACCACACCUGCGGCCAAGUUGGCCGCGAGGAAUAAACGUACUGCAGCAGCACCCAAGAUCAACGCGCUCAACACCUCUCUUAAUGGCGCUGGUCUCUCCAAGGCGAAGCCGACCACCGUCAAACGCCCGCGCAUUCACGCGCCUCCACCUCCAGACAUCGAGGUCAUCGACACAGACGGUCCAGAGAAGAUUGAGGCACCGCCCCUGCCUACAAAGACAAGAGCGAAGGCAAAGGGUAAGGCGAAAGCUGAAGCUAAGCCGAUUGAGAUCGUCGAUAUUGGGGACAGUGAGGAUGAGCGCGCUGCUGCUGCUCGACGCUCGCGUGCGCAGAAGGGCAAGGGAACUUCACCGACAAACCCCGCUUCGGGCUCGCGCAUCAGCGCAUUGGAACGCGAGAUUGAGCGACAGAGGAAGCAGUUAGAGCAGGCUGAAGUUCGCGAACAGGACCUACACGUAGCCUACGAACUGUAUACGAAAAGCAAGGAGAAAGAGGAAGAGCUCGUGCAGACUCAGAUAGCGCAGUUGCACUCGGUUAUGGCAGCGAAGGAUGAGAAGUACAACGCGUUGGAGGCGGAGUUUAAGCGGAGCACGAAGGCGACGCUCGUACCCCCUGACAGCUCUCAUUUCCUGCAGAUCUUGACCCCCGAAAUGGCGGAGAAGGAUAAGCUCGAGCUACAGACCAAGCUUGACAAGGCCACUGCCGCCUUAGAAGGCAAGGAUGCGCGUAUCAAGGAACUCGAAGACGAAGUUCGCGACCUCAAGCAAGAACGAGACGGCGAGAUCCAACGCGCCAAUCAGCUCCAGAAGGAGCUCAAAGCCUAUACCUCUGGACAACGCCCACACGAGCCCAAGAUCGUUGUGAGAGGCGAAAACGAGAGGGGUCCGCUCAACAGCGCUGCUGUCCGGAUGUACGAAGAGUUAACGAACAUCUUGAUCACGCGAGUCAAGGAGUUCCCAAACGAAUUGAGGCCUGGCACGGUAACUCGGACGUUCGAUUGUGUUUUUACGCCCCGAGGUACGGAACAGCCAUACGAUACGUUGCUCAGCUUCAACUUCACACUGCGGCAAGGGUGGGGGCACGAUAUUGACACCGAUCCCACUUCAGCUAUACUCUUCAAGGAUUCAUGUCUCUAUCGAGAUACUCCAGGCUUGUCGAAGGACGACCCGCGUUUGCCAGAAUAUCUAAGAGAGCCUAUGAGCUUCACGCACGAUCAAUUGCAUAUCUUUGGGAAGGAACUUCUUACCAGCUUUGUCGAUCAGUUGGAACGUGGGUCGAACGGCACGGACGAGCAGGAUAUGAGUGUGGAACAGUAG